GCUGGAGAGAGGGGGGCCGAGCUAUAACAGUUUGGCAGGGGAAAAUAUAGGCCCCAGCUCGUUUAUGACGCUCCAGCUGACCGAAGGCCUCUCGCUCCUCUCUCCUGUGUUGAGCAGAGCGCAUGAGCUGUCCUCCCGCCUCCGCCAUGAACAAGCAGCAGAGCAAAGAGUCUCUGAAGGACAAGGUGAAGGGGAUCUUCGGACUGGGGCCCUCGCGGCCGCCGAGCAAGCAGACGGAGAGCAAGCCCUCGGAGUUCAUCAUCACCCUCGACAUUCUCAAGGAGCUCAGUCCGGAGUGCGGGCUGCAUAACAGAAUCCGGGUCAUAAAUCAUGUGUGUGAGCUCGCCAAGUCCAAGAAAUUUGAGGAGCACGCGGUGGAGGUGCUGUGGAAGGCGGUGGAGGACAUGCUGCAGCCCGAGCAGCCUGAGGCGCGGCACGCCGUGCUGCAGCUUCUGAGGGCCAUCAUCCAGGGACAGGGGGAGAGGCUGGGGCCAUUGCGGGCCUACUUUUUCAAGAUCAUUCGGGAUUACCACCCUUCCAAUGAGGACCUGCCGGACAGGCUUGAGGUGUUCAAGGCACUAACAGAGAACGGGAAGGAUAUCACAUACCUGGAGGAGGACAUAGCCCGCUUCGUGGUCCUCUGGAUGGACGUGGGUCUGACUGCGGACUUCCUCCACGUGCUGGUCAACCUGGUCAAGUUCAACAGCUGUUACUUGGACCAGAACGUCUCACAUAUGGUCCAGAAAAUAUGCUUGCUGUGCAAUCGGACCACUUCCUCCACAGACAUUGAGGUGGCCCUGCAGGUGCUGGAUGCAGUAGUGUGCUAUAACUGCUUGCCCUCUGACUCCCUGCCCAUAUUUAUCAGCACUCUGUGUCGCACCGUAAACGUUAAGGAGUUCUGCGAGUCCUGCUGGAAGCUCAUGCGCAAAGUGCUGGGGACUCACCUAGGACACAGUGCCAUCUACACCAUGUGCCGCAUCAUGGAGGAGAGGGCGUACACGGAGGACGCUGCCUUAUUGCGGGGUGCCGUGUUCUUCGUGGGAAUGGCGCUGUGGGGGGCGCACAGGCUGUCUGCUCUCAAAAACACCCCCACGCUGGUGCUGCCCUCCUUCUACAAGGCCAUGACCUGCGGCAACGAGGUGGUGUCGUACGAGAUCGUGCUGUCCGUCACCAGGCUGAUUAAGAAGUACGGGAAGGAGCUGCAGGUGGUGACCUGGGACACCCUGCUCAACAUCAUCGAGAAGCUGCUGCAGCACAUCCAGACCACGGGCAGCCACGAGCUGAAGACCAUCGUCCACGAGCUGCUGACCACCGUGGAGGAGCUGUACGAGCAGAACGGCUACCACGGCUCCUCCGAGAGGUUCUUCUGCCUCAUCGAGAAGUGCUCAGACAAACGCCCGGAGUCGUCUGUGCUGACUCUGAUCUCCUACCGAGCUCACUCCAUCCAGCCAGCCAAAGACGGCUGGAUCCAGAACCUGCACAGGCUCAUGGAGAAGUUCUUCAGGAACGAGAGCCGCAGCGCCAUCCGGAUCAAAGUGCUGGACGUCCUGUCCUUCGUCCUCAGCACCAACCGCCAGCUCUAUGAGGAGGAGCUCAUCGAGGUGGUGGUGAUCCCGCACCUCAGCCAGAUUGCGGAGGACCGGGACCUCCAUGUGCGCAAGCUGGCCACGCAGCUGCUGGUGGACCUGGCGGAGGGGUGCAACACCCACCACUUCAACAGCCUGCUGGACAUCAUCGAGAAGGUGGCGAGCCGCUCUCUGGCCUGUGUGGGGCCAGCCGAGGCCGCAGAGAGGGAGCUGUCUGUUGAGUCCCCCAUGGAGGACGUGAAGACGGCCAUCUUGGGCCUGCUUGAGAUCCUGCAGAGCAAGCUGUACAGCCUGCCCGCCAGCCACGCUUGCCGAGUGUACGAGCUGCUGAUCGGCCACCUCCAGCUCCACUACAAGAACAAGUACUGCUCUGCCAUCGCCAGCAGCAUCCGCCUGCAGGUUUUCGACUUCCUGCUGCUGAUGCGGGCCGACUCGCUGCAUCGCCUGGGGGUCCCCAACAAGGACGGGGUGCUGCGCUUCAGCUCCUACUGCCACUGUGACAUGGGGGAGCCUGAGAAGAGGGCGAGCGAGAAGAAGCCUGCGGGCACAGUGUCGCCCCCUGCUGGCAGCCCCGUCCCCGCCACCCAGCCCUCGUCCAUCCGCACGGCCUGCCUCCCCUACUCCCUGGCCUUCUCCGUGCUGCUGCAGUGCCUGAAGCUGGAGACGGACUGGAAGGUUCUGAAGCUGGUGCUGGACAAGAUGCCGUCCACCCUGCAGUACAAAGUGCUGAUGCUCACCUCUCCCUGCAGCAUAGACCAGCUCUGCUCCACCCUCUGCUCCAUGGUGACUGACAGGUUGAUCUCGGAGAGGCUCCGGAAGACUCCGGACGGGUUCUCCCGCACGGACGUGCAGCUGGCCGUGGUGCCCGUGCUGACGGCCCUCACCUCCUACCACAACUACCUGGAGCAGUCUCGCCAGAGGGAGCUGGUGCAGUGUCUGGAGACCGGUCUUAUCUACCGCUGUGCCAAGCAGUGUGUGGUGGCUCUGACCAUGUGCACUGUGGAGAUGCCCGACAUCAUGAUCAAGCUGCUGCCCGCGCUCAUCGUGAAGCUCACGCACAUCUCCGCCACCGUCACCAUGGCGUCGCCCAUGCUGGAGUUCCUCUCCACUUUGGUGCGUCUCCCUCACCUGUAUGCCAACUUUGUGGCCGAGCAAUACGUCAGCGUGUUCGCCAUCUCCCUGCCGUACACCAACCCCUCAAAGUUUAACCAGUACAUCGUGUCCCUGGCGCACCACGUGAUCGCCAUGUGGUUCAUUCGGUGCCGUCUGCCCUUCCGGAAGGACUUUGUGCAGUACAUCACCAAGGGCCUGCGGUCCAACGCCCUGCUUCCCUUCGACGACACCCACGAGCAGAGCAGCUUCCGAGCCCGCAGCACCAGCCUCAACGAGAGACCAAAGAGUCUCCGAACCGCCAAAGUCGCAAAGCAGGGCCCAAGUAACAACUCCCCCGUUAAAGAGCUGAAAGAUCUGUCGGCCAUGGACGCCUUCCGCUCCCGAAGCAUCAGCGUUUCCGAGCACGCGGUGCGCAGGAAAAGGUUGGAGCUCGUGAAUAACCCACCGCUCCGAGCCCCGAGCGAGGAAGGGGAGCGGGGGCGGAUCAUAUCAAGUCCCAGCUUGAUGCACACCUCCAUCACCACCAGCAGCCUGGGCUCGGCGGACGAGAACGCCAUGGCGCAGGCGGACGACGGGCUGAAGAACGUCCACCUGGAGCUGACCGAGACCUGCCUGGACAUGAUGGCCCGCUACGUCUUCUCCAACUUCUCCGCCUUGCCCAAGAGGUCGCCCAUCGCGGAGUUCCUGUUGGCAGGGGGUCGGAGCAUGACCUGGCUGGUGGGUAACAAGCUGGUUACCAUAACGACGAGCGGGGGCUCGCGCACGCAGGCGCUGCUGGGGCUGGACCUGGCCGAGCGGCAUGGGUCCGGGGAGCUGACCAGGUCCGACCCCUCCCUCCACACCAGGCAUACCAAAGAGGCGCCCGCCAAGCUGGAGUCCCAGCCCAGCCAGCAGGUCAACCGAGCCGCGCGCAUCCGGGUCCGCUCCAUAUCAGGUGGGCAUGCCCUCUGUGCAGGUCCCGCUCAGAGCCUGAGCCCCUUGGUUUCCCCCUCGGAGAGCGAGCUGUGCGGCCCCCUCCCCUCCCCCGGGCCCCCUCUGGACGGGCUGGGGUCCCUGCGCGGAGAGGACCCAGCGCUGUCGUCGCCCCCGCAGAAGGACCAGAAGUCCAGCCUGGCGGAGUUCGCCCCCAUGCUCACCCAGGGCUGGGCCGAGAUCUUCAUACGCAGACCCUCAGGUAACACCAGCUGGCUGAUGUGCCUGGAGAACCCACCCAGCCCCUUCUCCUCGGAGCUGGGCAACAUGCCCCUGCAGGAGCUGUCUAGUGUGCUGAUGGCCAUGGAGAGGGUGAAGGAGCCGGGCCCCCCCGAGGCUCCCGCCGUCCCGCAGGGCCACAAGCCCUCCCUCAUCCAGCGUUCCAACACAGACUCGGUGGUGGUGUUGGAGGAAGGGGGGCGGGGCCGGGGGGUGGAGUCCCCCUCCGAGUCCCCCGAGAGCGAGGAGUUUGAGGCCAUGCCCAAUGAGCCCAUUUUCAUCAGCACAGAGAAACUGCCGCAGAGUCCCUACAGCAGGUCCUCCUCCAGCUCCAGCCAGGACGAGGAGAAGUCCACGCUGGAGGAGGAGAGCGAGGGCGCCAUCCCCAUCGACCAGCCCCUGCCGGCCCCUCCCACGCCCGGCUCCCAGGGGCCCGACCUGCCCUUCCAGCACACGCAGACACUCAACAAGUCCAGCUCGUCCCCGGAGCUGCAGACCCUGCAGGAGGCCUUCGGGGAGGCCCCGGGGGCCGGUCCCGGGGAGGCCCCGGCGGCGGGCGUCAGGCCGGGGGAGGGGAGGCCGCAGGGCCCCGGGGACGAGGACGGUGCGGGGGCGGAGCCGAAUGGCCAGGCGGAGCCCCCGGCCGCCGUGGCGGGCGGGGCGACAGUGACGGCAGCCGCGGCGGCCUCCGCGUCCAAGCUGAAGCUGGAGUUCCCGGCGCCUCAGCCCGGCCCCCUCUCCCCGAGCGGGCACCGCCCCCGCGGGCACACCAUCUCCGUGUCCGCCCCGUCCCGGCGUGAGAGGAAAGUGGAGCGCGACUCCUACCACAACCGCGGCGCCGCCUCCAACUCGGAGAAGACCUCCGGCCUUAGCCCCAGCUUCGUGUUCCUCCAGCUCUACCACUCUCCCUUCUUUGGCAACGAGGCCAACAAGCCACUCCUGCUGCCCAAAUCCCAGUUAAUAGACAGAGCUGUUAAGGUCUUGGACCAGAUGCCUCCUUACGACACACACAAGAUUGGAGUGGUGUUUGUGGGCGCGGGUCAGGUGAACAACGAGGUGUCCAUCCUGUCCAACGAAUACGGAUCGAACCGGUACACCCAGUUCCUGACCGGGCUGGGCAAGCUGAUCCACCUGAAGGACUGCGACCCCGACCAGAUCUUCCUGGGAGGGCUGGACCAGUACGGGGACGACGGGGAGUUCACCUACUGCUGGCAUGAUGACAUCAUGCAAGCCAUUUUCCACAUUGCCACUCUGAUGCCCAAUCGUGAGUCAGACAAGGGCUGCUGCAAUAAGAAGAGGCACAUCGGCAACGACUUUGUCAUCGUGGUGUACAACGACUCGGGAGAAGACUACAAACUCGGCACCAUCAAGGGUCAGUUCAAUUUUGUGGAGGUGGUGAUCAGGCCGCUGGACUACCAGAGCAACCUGGUCACGCUGCAGUGCCGCAAAGAUCUGGAGGGGCUCGUGGACACCAGCGUGGCCAAGAUCGUCUCGGACCGCAACCUGCCACUGCUAGUGCGGCAAAUGGCCCUGCAUGCAAACAUGGCAUCACUCGUGCACCAGAACAGGUCCAACCCCUCGGACGCCUACGCCUCCAAGUGGCUGGCUCGGUUGCGGCACAUUAAGAGGAUUCGAACCCGGGCUCAGGAAGAGGUCCAGUCCCGCCCCACUCCGGGGAUCUCCCUAACCCAGGGCCAUGGCCCUGUGCAGAGCAAGACCCCCUACCAGCAGGGCGGCGCCACCUCCAACCCCGACUCAGGCCAGAGGAAGAGGCUGGUGUCCACUGUGGAUGACUUCACUGACUUUGUGUGACAGACCUCCCCCCAAAGGGCGAGAGGGUGUCCUUCAGCUGCCUUCGUAGCCUGUGAGGGGGAGGCAUGGCGGGGGCUGAGGAGGGUGGUACGGCUUUCCAAUCCUACAGUUGAUUUUUUUUUUUUUUUAAUGCUUGGUUGCAAUUUUGCUUUGGCACUUUGACAUCUUCACACUUGUGCAGUUUUUUUUCUCAGCUUGCCAAAAUGAAGUCCUGUCAUUGGAAAUCUCUGUAGUGUUACACAGUCACACACACACUCACACAUGCACAGACACAUUUGCCACACUCUCAACCACAACUGUGUAGACAGCAGCUCUUGCCCCCCCCCCACCCCUAAACCCUCAGUCCUGGCCCCUGCCCCUCAAAACUGUUUCCAGUCUUUCAUCAAAUCCAGAAGACUUUCACACGUGUCUCCCGCCCAGCUCUGAACUGGCCGUGAACGCUCCCUGUCCCUGGGUAAAUGACUGAAAGCAUUACAUAAAUUAAACAUUGGUAACCAAUGACGUGAUGGAGGUGGUCGAUUUUUUUUUUUUUUUUUUUUUACAUU